UUCAUUCUAUAUCUUAUAUCUGACUUGGUCAAUGUUGUGGACAUCGCGGAUCCUCACUGUCUCAUCAGAAACUACAAACCUAUUUUCAGGAUUACCCUCUCUUCUUAUAACCUCUCUCUCUCUCUUUCCUUUCCCCUUCCCCCUUCAAUCUCAAGAGGUUGGAGACAUUUGUAUGAUGAGUGCUUGAUUAUCCGAAAUACCAAGCACAAGCAUUCAACAAAAGCAACAAUAUGUCUGCACCUCUUUCUCCCCCGGCAGUCUUAGAAAAGACUGACCGGGUGGGUUCGUUGAAAAAGAAACUUAGAAAUUCUUUCAAGAGGAAGGGGAGGCGAAGUAGUAGCAAGGUUAUGUCCCUUGAAAUAGAGGAUUUUCGUGAUGCUGGUGAGGCUAAAAUUGUUGAUGAGUUUCGCCAAGCUCUCAUUUUGGACGAGCUUCUCCCUUCCAAGCACGAUGACUAUCACAUGUUGCUCAGGUUCCUGAAGGCUAGGAAAUUUGACUUAGAGAAAUCAAAGCAAAUGUGGGCAGACAUGCUUAAGUGGAGGAAGGAAUUCGGUGCUGACACAAUCGUUGAGGACUUUGAAUUCAAGGAAAUUGAUGAAGUGUUGAAAUAUUAUCCUCAUGGACACCAUGGUGUAGACAAAGAAGGACGACCAGUGUAUAUCGAGAGAAUAGGGCAAGUAGAUGUCACCAAGCUUUUGCAAGUCACAACCAUGGAUCGUUACAUCAAAUACCAUGUCAAGGAGUUUGAGAAAACCUUUGAUAUCAAGUUUGCAGCUUGUUCCAUUGCUGCAAAGAAACACAUUGAUCAAAGUACAACCAUCCUUGAUGUGCAGGGAGUGGGGCUUAAGAACUUCAGCAAACAUGCCAGAGAGCUCAUCACUGCCCUUCAGAAGAUUGAUGGCGACAACUAUCCUGAAACCUUGAGCCAAAUGUACAUCAUCAAUGCUGGUUCUGGAUUCAGAAUGUUGUGGAGCACUGUCAAAUCCUUCCUUGACCCAAAAACCACAUCUAAGAUCCAUGUACUUGGUAACAAGUAUCAAAGCAAAUUGCUAGAAGUGAUUGAUGCUAGUGAGUUGCCAGAGUUUUUAGGAGGUACUUGCACAUGUGCUGAUCAUGGAGGCUGCAUGCAUUCUGAUAAGGGUCCAUGGAAGGAUCCAGAUAUAAUGAUGAUGGUUCAGAAUGGGUUCCACAAAAGAUCAAACCAUAAAAUUGAGACAAUUCCAGAGAGCAAAAAUGAGGAACCUGAAACUCCAAAGCUUGGGGGAGCUGCCACCUCACAAGUGUCUACCAUUUCAGCUGAGGUGUGUACUCCUAAAAAGGUCUCUACUCCUAAGAAAGCUUACAAUAACUACGGUGCCUUUGUCCCUGCAACUAACAAAUCUGCUCCCUGGAAAAAAGUAGAAGAGAAUAACAAGUUUGCAAUCACAAAAGCACAAGUAGACACAUUCAGUAGUAUGAUUGACUCCUGCAAGAUUCACGAAAGGGUGAAUUCACAGAUUUUCACUGGUUUGAUGACGUUCCUGAUGGGCAUUGUGACUAUGGUUAGGAUGACAAGGAACAUGCCCAAGAAGCUCACCGAUGCCAACUUCUACUCCAACACCGCCAGCUACUCCGCCUACAGCAAAGGCCAAUCCAGCUCUUCCGAUGAGAUGACGUGUCCUACCAUUUCAGUUCAGGAGUUCAUGACUGUCAUGAAGCGCAUGGCUGAGCUCGAAGAGAAGAUGGGAAAUCUCAACAAUACCCCCUUCGUUAUGCCUCCUGACAAGGAGGAGAUGCUCAACAUUGCUGUCAGCCGUGCCGAUGCUUUGGAGAGAGAACUCAUGGCAACCAGGAAGGCUUUGGAGGAUUCACUUGCUCGUCAACAAGAAAUGACUGCUUAUAUCGAGAAAAAGAAGAAAAAGAAGAAGAAGAUGUUCGGGUGGUGAACUCUCUAAGGAUUCAAUUUCUGGCUUUUCGAAGACUUGUUAAAUGCUCACUUGC